AUGACUCUUAUAAAUCGCUCAAAACCAUUUGUACUUCUGGGUUUAUUUAUCGCCAGUUUGCUAUUAUGGGUCUCAAAAGCUUCUCUUGUUUCAUCGGGAGAUUUUAACAAAGACUUCUUCGUGACAUGGUCUCCUACCCACAUUAACACCUCAAGUGAUGGUCGAUCAAAAACCCUUAAGCUCGAUCAAGAAUCUGGAAACGUUAUCGGGCAGCCUUACAUUCUUCAGACAAAUGUCUAUGCCGAUGGAAUUGAUAACCGCGAAGAAAGGAUCCAUCUCUGGUUUGACCCAACCAAGGACUUUCACACGUAUACUAUCUUGUGGAACAUUCACCAAAUUGUGUUUAUGGUGGAUCAAAUUCCGAUAAGAUUAUACAGAAACCACAACGAUAAAGGCGUAGCCUUCCCAAGGUUACAACCUAUGAGUUUAAAAGCUAGUCUAUGGAACGGUGAGAGAUGGGCUACACGCGGUGAGCGUGACAAGAUUGAUUGGUCUAGGGGUCCAUUCGUGGCAUUCUUUGGCAAUUACAAGAUAGAUGCCUGUAUUUGGAAAGGCAACCCAAGAUCCUGUAGUGAAGAGAGCAAUGCAAAUUGGUGGAACAAGAAUGAGUUUAGUUCAUUGACAAGAGUGCAAAAGAGAUGGUUUAAAUGA